AUGGAGAAGAAUAGUAGAGGGAGAGGCAAAGACCGCUGGGCUCACGUGGGCACAGAUAAGGGGAGCAGCCCAAAACCGAGUCCGGUGGAGAGGUGUAACUGCAGCCCUUUGCUGCACACAGACCACAAAGAAAACAUGAAUGAAUGUGUAUCCAUAACGUUGGACGACUGCCCUGCUAGCCUGGUGAGAGACAGGUACCUGCAGGUACACGGCGACCUGUGCUACGAGUUCAUCGUGUACCGUCAGAGCAUCCACCUAGCGGCCAAGUCCGACUGUGAGAUCAACGGGGGGAGCCUGGUGUUCAUCAAGUCCGCCGAGACCCAGCAGUACCUCACCCACCAGCUUGAGCACACCUACAAAGAGCAUCAGUCUAUCUGGAUCGGACUCGAUGACAUCGAGAGUGAGAACACUUUUAAAUGGGAGGACGGGACGCCCCUGACCUACAGCCACUGGGCACCUGGUAACGGACCGACUGCUUCCGGGGCACACCCUGCCCAGCAUGAGAGCAAGGACUGCGUUGCUAUGGAUACCAGAGACGGGGGGAAGUGGAAAGAGUUCCCGUGCGAGUCCACCGAUAUUCUGGUGAUCGUGUCGACAAACGAAAGACACAGUUACGUCUGCCAGUACGACCCAAGUGCUGUGGUGUCGCAGGUGACCCUGCCCGCGGGGACCACUAUGUCUUCCAUCACCCACCCCUGCCCGCCCUUGUCCUGCAUUGACCACUGCAGUGUCUACAAGAGGGACCCUGUGACCGGAUGUUUUCUGUGUGAAUGUGAAGCAUAAAUAAAUAUCUGUAAUGACAACCCUGGUUUAAAAGGUGCCCUGUAUUUUUAAAGCUACGUGGGCU